AUGGACGAGGACGACCACAAUCGCAGGAUCAACACGUUGGGUCAUCCCUUGGCUCAACCCGUCUCCAUCCCGGUCUCUAACGGCUUGCGAUACAACGCACAAGCCACUGCUUCCAUGCAAGAUGUCUCAUUUGCAACCUCCCCUUCCAUGCUGAUGAGCCCUGGCGAUACCUGCUCAGAAGCUUUCUCUUCAACGUCUUACUCUCCAACACCAAACUCCAUCUAUUCUCCCUCUCCAGCUCUAUCAUACGACAGAAUGUCAAGCCUUGGUACCCACCGAAUGCCUCUUCAACCUCCAACCGCCCAGAUUAAUCCGAGCAUCCCCGGAAAUUGGAGAACGGAUAACUUCCCCGGGUCCUAUGGCCUCCAGCGCGGCCAGCUCCCAUCACUGCCAGGGUUUACCAGCUCUCCACGAGGCUACGAUAAUGCGUUCAUGGCCCAACCAAACCUAUACUUAGAGUCAAUGCAUCGAUACAGAGACGUUGAAUCGCCUCCGUGGAACAACGAAACCAACAUUCUCCAUCAUGUAUGGGUCGGUAACUUGAAGAGUGGGCAAACAAUCAAGCCGGAGAUCAGAGCAAAUAUUCCCAGCAAGAAAUUCUUCCUUGACGGCGAGAAAUGGACAUGCUAUCGACGCAACUAUCUAUCUGUUACGUGCUCGUUUUCGUUACACCCGUGCAGUUCAGGCCCCUUCUGGGUGAAAACCGAGAACAAUGGCGUCCAGCAAAUCCGCAGCUUUGCCAUGUCGCUCUCGGCCACUGUCGACUCGAAACCCGACGAGCCUCGCGAACUUGUGCAGCACAGCCCAAAACGAGACAAGCAGUCGGAGCGGCCUCCUGCAAUACUCCCAGUGCAGCCUUGUCCCCCGCCGUUGAGCUACGGCCAUGGUCCUGCUGGUACGAACGGCAGCCAACAUGGUUACGGGAUGGCAUCGCAAUCAGCAGGGCUGUAUGACUAUGGUGCGUCGUCCUAUGUUAGUGGUUCACACUCAGGGAACCCCCCUACGCAAUGUACGUUUGAACGGAUCCAAUUCGCCAAAGCCACGGCCAACAACGGCAAACGCCGGGCAACCCAGCAGUUUUACAACCUGGUGGUGGAUCUAUAUGCCGAAGUCGAGCGCCCAAUUGGCGGCAAGCCCGGCGACGAGUGGAUCAAAAUCGCCCGACGGUUGUCCCACCCGAUGGUGGUCCGCGGCCGGUCCCCUGGCCACUAUCGAGAACAUCGGAGGGACAGCCAGAGCAGCAUGGACCCGGACGGGGGAGCUGGCGGCACGGGCGAGCAUGGCGGCAUGCUACCCCCCGGCUUUCCAAAGCAUUUUUCAAUGAUGGGUUACGAGCCCGCCUCGUCAGGACGCUAUGGUCGAACGGAUUACCAUCAGCAUAUCAAGCCCGAGCAGUCCCCUCUAAGCGACCAUAGCCCACAUGCCUCGUCGUCCUCAUCGACAUGCACUCUCGACAUGGGCAUUCUCAACGACACCAUGGACCCCAUGGACAUCAAAGCCACCUCUAGUAUGGACUCUUACGACAACUCGUUCGUCAUGGUCGACAUGCCACAGGACCAGAAACCUGCCAUGGACAUUCACGGUACUGAGGGAGGAGAGAAUGAAACAACACUCGCUUUCCGCAACCCACUACCCUCGUUCGAUUACGACACGCUCUCCAAGGAAGAAGACGUCGGCGUAACAAGCCCUGGCAGCUUCCCGGAUAAUGUCGCGUCGAUGGUCGCGAUGAUGCCGAGCGAGACGAGCGAGAGUUCGUUCAUUCGCAAUCCGCCACGGGUUCCCUCGCAGCCGGCUGUGUGUAGCAGCGGCGGCGGUGGGUUUAAUGCGUUUGUUGAUAAUUCGUUUGGACGCUUUGACUCGGUGCAGGGGUCGCAAGAGCUGUGCACUUAG